UGCAAUCUCCCAUCAAAUUUCAGUUCCAUUUUUUCUGAACUUCAGUUUCUGAAUUUUUUCCUUCACAUUCCCCAAAUUUUACGAUUAUGAAAUUUGGGAAUCUCUUCACGGAUAAUACCGAUCUAAAAAUAGACGACGAUGGUGAUUUUCCGACGCCAACCAGCGACGAGUCUCCGCCGAUAUUUUCACCGUGGAAUCAGACUUAUCCCUUUCUAAAAUCUCCCUGUUUUUCCGAAUUCCAAAACGGCUUCGUUCUUCACCGGAAUAAUAAUUCUCUCAUUGGGUCUCUUGUUCGUGAGGAAGGUCACGUGUACUCGCUAGCCACUGCCGGUGAGCUUCUUUACACCGGCUCCGACAGCAAAAACAUUCGGGUAUGGAAAAAUCUCAAGGAAUUUACUGGGUUUAAAUCAAGCAGUGGAUUGGUUAAGGCAAUUAUAAUCUCCGGCGAGAAGAUCUUCACCGGUCACCAGGACGGAAAAAUUCGGGUCUGGAAAGUGGCACCGAAAAACCCAAGCGGCGGUCACCGACGGGCUGGGACGUUACCGGCGCUGAGAGAUAUUUUAAGAAGCUCCAUGAACCCUCAAAACUACGUCGUUGUGGGACGGAAUCGGAGCCGGCUUUGGUUUAAACACGCCGAUGCAGUUUCGUGCUUGUGCUUGAGUGAAGAUAAGACGUUGUUGUAUUCUUCUUCUUGGGAUAAAACUUUGAAAGUUUGGAGAAUUUCAGAUUCCAAGUGCCUCGAAUCACUUACCGUUCAUGACGAUGCAGUGAAUGCCGUCGUCGCAGCUUCAAAUGGUUUGGUCAUCACUGGCUCGGCCGAUGGCACCGCUAAGGUAUGGCGGAGACAGCAUGAAGAAGAGAACGACGCAACAAAACACGUACUGGACCAAACGCUAUUGAAGCAAGACAGUGCAGUUACAGCGGUGGCCGUCAACGCCGCCGGCACAGUAGUUUACUGUGGAUCUUCCGACGGAUUGGUCAACUUCUGGGAGCGAGAAAAGCGGUUGACAUACGGUGGAGCCCUCAAGGGCCACAACCUAGCAGUUCUCUGCCUUGCUGCCGCCGGGAACAGCAUGGUACUGAGCGGCGGCGCCGAUAAAACCAUAUGCGUGUGGCGGAGGGAUGGGCCUUUCCACACGUGCGUAUCGGUGCUGACGGGUCACACCGGACCGGUUAAAUGCUUAGCCGUGGAGGAAGAUCGCGUCCGCUGCCCGGAUAAACGGGAAGGUCAGCGGUGGAUUGCGUACAGUGGUAGCCUGGACAGAUCGGUGAAGGUGUGGGGAAUUUCCGACGGGGUCGGUGGGUGAAGGAUGGGUUACAGGGAGCAAUUAAUUGAGAAGGUGCGACGUGGAUGAAAGCGUAUCAUGAAUUGUAUAGUGUGCAUGUAGGGUGAUGUUGUGAAAUGUGGAGAAAGUAAUAAUUUUGGAAUGAAGAUUAGUGAGAAUGUAAUCUUUGUUAUACAAAUAGUUGUAAAGCAUUAUAUAUAUCCACUCUCUCUAUUACUUAAUUAAAA